CAUUUCUCAGCCAACUUUAUUUGCUCAACACUUCCCCGGUGAACUACAGAGGAUCACCAAUUCAGGGACAAUAUAACGGUAUGUAUACUGAAUACACUAGUAAUUCAUGGAAACAAAAUCAACCCAGUGGCGUAUGUCAGAUAUUGUGUCUUUGAGAAGCUUGCAAACUUUCAUUCCUGCAUGGCUAGUGAGUAAUGACACUUUUCCUGGGUUUCUAGACUUCAUAAAUGGUGCUGCCAUUUUUGGGUUUUUGGAAGAACCGAGAUACAUAGGUGUUAAAGUAUUGAUCUACUGUAUCGGAACUUGGCAAAUGUUGGUGGGUUUUCUUGAAAUUUAGUCCUUGCAAUGCUCAAAAUAUUCGCUGGAAGGAAGACUUCAAGAAAAUUUUCUUCCUUUAACCAUGAUUUAAUAAAGGCUAGCAAUUCCCCUCUUACUCUUUAGUUGAUCAUUUGUUUUUCAUAUUAUUUUUCGUUUCUUUUAGCAUGCUUCGGAUUCAGCAGAUCAUAGGAUACAUGUUUAAGCUUCGUAACUAAAGAAUUGAUCACAGGGGAAACACAUAAUGAGAAGUGAAGAGCCUAAAGAACCAUUGAAAUGGGUUGACUGGAAAGCUAUUGGCAGUGAAUGGCAGAAGGAUCCUAGUGCCAGUGGCAAAACAGUUGUACAGAAUCGGCUUCCUAGUAAGAUUAGGCAAAUUCCUGACUGUUAUUUCCUUCCAAGGAGGUCUCUACCCUCCGCUAUUGCUUUCUAUGGAGCAUGUAUUGCUGCUGGAAUUGGUUCUGGGAUGCUGGUGGAGGCUUGGAUAGAGAAGAAAAUCAAAGAGGACGGAGGUGUAAUAUGGGAGUUUGACAAAUAGAAACACAUAACAACAUGAAGGAGAACUCACCAGACUCAGCUUAUGUUUCUCCUUUUGUUAGAAUUUGUACUAUUUUGUACUUGUCGAAGCUUGUCAGUUUAUCUCUCUCUGCUCUGCCAGUAGCGUUGUUACGUUGCAAUUCUAAAGGACACGCAGUUUUCAGUGUUC